AUGGUCACGGGAAAUGGAGCUCUUCGAUGCCCUCCUCAGGGUCCGAUGGGCGGCCAUGAGCUCUCCAGUCGUCGCAGAAUCCCUAAUCCUCCCCGCCUCGACCCUCUGAGAGCCCAUCCUAUCUACCCUCGACCUUCAACUGCAGACGGUCUUCGUCCCGCGCAAUCCUAUCACUAUCCCUCCGUUCCAGCUUCUCCGCAAUCCCCUCGGUCUCCGCGAAGAUACCCUCCACACCCUCUUCCUCCUCGAGUCGAUUCGGCCUCCCGCGCUGUUUCCCCCGUUCCUCGGUACCGGGCUGAUGAAGGCCCAUACAGACCAACCUACCAUAGACCGCCGCCACAUGCAAGAUCCGUUACUCCGCACGAUCGGCGAAGGCCGCCAGAGGCAGAUUAUGACCGAGUGACCCGUCAGACGACACCAUCGAAACAGGCAGACGUGCCACUAUCCAUAACUACAACCAGGCUAGAUAAAAAGCGGUCUAGGCCCCGAUUAGCACAACCCCCUGGCUCUCACGGACUUGCUUUACCGCGCAGCCCUUACAGCAGUGAUCCACACGGCGGAGAUGCACUCCGGUCUAGCGUGAACUCUGCCAAGACAUCGCGCUCCAGUAUUGAGCAUGCCAGCGGAACAGAGAGAAGUAGCGUUCUUACUAAAAGCAGCUCUAUUACCGAUCUAUCUCCGGAUACUCCGGAUGGAUUGUACGAAAAGGAUGAGGGCAUGAGUGUGGAAGACGCCAUCUCCAUGUAUCUGGAUGGAUUUAGUGACGUGACGGAAGAGCCGGCGUCGCCAGAUUUAGUCAAUGACAACAAACUAAAGCCCUUGAACCCCUUACCACCAGCGGACCUUAUCUUGGACGAUGACAAUCUGUCGACUUCCUCACACAACCUCGACCCUAUACCUGAUUAUCCACCGCCACCAACAAUCUCGCAAUUGGGCACCCCGGAUGAUGUCUACUCCCGCAGGCACUACUUUGAACUGCAUCCAGACGAGCAAGAUCCUGAAGAGCACUCAGAUGGGAACCCGCUAGACCCUCCAAAUGGACCCCUAGCGACCCUUUUGGAACAAGCAUCAGCAGCGGAAUCUUCGCGCCUGAACCCGCAUGGCCAGAACUCGCUGGACCGACGAUUUUUAGGAGAUGCGUCUUCGGAUAACGCAGAAGAGGAGGAGUCUGAGGCUCCAGAUGAAUCCGCUAAAAAGUCUCUUGAGCCAACACCAACUGAAACUCCCCCUACCCCUCGGCUGGCCGAAACUAAAGUUAUGCUUCCUGGUGUUGUGCCCCCGCCGCUGGCCAUUGCUACCGAUAGGAGAGACUGUUAUGGCUUCCGAAAGACAACUCCGUACGUCACGUUAGAACAGUACGAGGCAUGGAGUGCUUCAUACGCCGACUUUGCGGCGAAUCGAAGAGUGAAAUGGGCCGAGUUGCUCCGUGAGCACGGAAUAUCCGCAAACCAUCCGACAACGUUCCCUCCGAAAUCACCCAAGAUCAAGCGUUUCGUACGAAAAGGAAUACCCCCUGAGCUUCGAGGCGCGGCGUGGUUUUGGUAUGCUGGUGGUUACGAACAUCUCAAUCGGAACCCCGGUCUGUAUGACCAGCUCGUCCGCCAAGCCAUGGAAUCACCAAGCAACGAUGAUAAGGAGCACAUCGAACGGGAUCUGCAUCGGACGUUCCCAGACAAUGUCCACUUCAAGCCGGAGCAAACAGGGCAACCUAACUUUGACGAUGGCGCAGCGUCCGUGGUAGUCGAGACUGAGAUGAUCCGAUCCUUGCGGAGGGUUCUUUAUGCGUUUGCCAUCCAUAACCCCCAGAUUGGAUAUACACAAUCACUUAAUUUCAUCACUGGACUUUUUCUGCUCUUUCUGUCAGAGGAAAAGGCAUUUUGGAUGCUGCAUAUCGUUACAUCUGUCUACCUCCCGAGCACCCACGAAAUCAGCCUUGAGGGUGCAAAUGUCGAUCUUUGGAUCCUUAUGGUCCUUCUGAAAGAGUCGUUACCGAACGUGUACAACAAGAUCGCAGAUACAGGGACAAAAAGGAGCGCUCCGCUCUCUGUAAACUCAAGGCUGCCCGACAUUACUCUCGGCAUAACCAAUUGGCUCAUGUCCGUCUUUAUCGGCACUUUACCACUCGAAACAACGUUGCGAGUCUGGGACGUGUUCUUCUACGAAGGCUCCAAAACCUUCUUUCGCGUCUCCAUGGCGAUCUUCAAAGCCUGCGAGAGGGAAAUCAUGGCUGUUUCGGACCCCAUGGAGGUUUUCCAGGUCGUGCAGACCGUGCCCAAGAGACUUUUAGACGCCAAUGCCCUUCUGGACGGGAGCUUCACCCGAAAAAACCGUGUUGGACAGGGUCGCAUCGAAGAACUAAGAGCAGCGCGACGCGCAGCCGUCCGACAGGAUAAAUUGCGGCGGUCGCAAGCUCUGACAAAGGGCACGCUCCAUGCAGCGACGGACGAAUGGCCGACGCGAUCUCGGACCCCGAUCCCAGGCAUUGACCGCACCUUUGCUGAUUCCUGGCGCCAGAUGAGGCACCAUGCAUUCCGGUGA